AUGGUACAGUAUGAUCGCGAUUUCGCACCCAGUCAGGUUGUUAUGGAACAAGAAACCAACGGGGAUUUUGAGAAUUCAAGUGCGAGCGGCGAAGAAGACCUUAUGCAACAUGCCUCGGGGCAUAUCGUAAGGAAGACAAGCAGGACAACUGUCCCCGGAUAUCACAGUAGGGACGGAAACGCCGCCUUUCGAACACUUUCACCCUCUGAACAUCAUGGACCAUCGCAUAGACCAUCGAAUACGCUCGCGUAUCCGGGAAUCACAGCUGGGGAGGUUGUAGAACCACUUCAUUUUCAAGCUCCUGUUUAUCAGACACAGCCCGUGAUGAGGCAGCAAGACCAAUGGGCGGCAGAGAGCGACUAUGCAUCUGCUGCCCAUGUCAGUGGGGUAUUAGGGCAGCUAAAAAUUGACGAUAGUGGUGUGGCAAACUACAUAUCGGCCCAAGGAAGAAGACUUGCGGAGACGCCUGCAUAUGAACCAUGGACGGAAGAAAUUGAGCCGAACCCGUCGUUUAUGCCUGGACAGCAUGAAUUUGCAGUCAAGAUAAGGCCUGAAGACAUGCCUACGGACGAAGAAGCUAUGGAAAUGUUUGGCAUAUUCUUUAACCACAUACACCCAUACAUACCGAUCGUCAAUAAGGCAGCAUUUUAUCGACAAUGGAGUGCAUCGCGUGACUCAAUCUCACCUUUACUUCUUGAAACAAUCUUUGCAUGUGCUGGCAGAUUGACAACAGAUCCAGCGAAGGGGCUCAAGUGGAUAAGCAUGGCAACAAGACAUGUUGACUGUUUUUUCGAUGUACCGCGACUUAGUACGGUUCAAGCUUUGUUGCUUCUGCUCAAGGCAAGAGAAUCUGCGCCGCAAAGAGGUUAUUUCUUCCGCUCGUGGAUGAGCGUAGUCAGUAUAAUAGCGAUGGCUCGUGAUCUCGGUCUUGAUAGACACAGUGAUUUGCAUAAGCAUGGAGUAGGAUGCGGAGAGAGCCCCCUCGAUUGCAUGACGCGAACUCGUGUCUGGCAAGCAUGUUUCGUUUUCGAACUUAUGAUUUGCGCUCCGCAAGGCCGUGACAUUAUGCAGAUUAAUCCUGAAAGCAUUGAUCUGACCACACCACUUGGCUCACCCGAUUUGGAUGAGAAUGAAGUAACUAUAUAUCGCAACUUUAUAUACUUUGUAUGGCUUAUCAAGAAUAUUCGUCGGAUGAAUGAUGUGCAUGCAAAACUUAAGGCUACACCAAACUGGAGGAACGAUCCUCAAUUCUUGGAUUCCGGACCAAGCCUUGAUACCUGGGCUUAUGAGCUCCCACCGAAUCUUCAUGUGGUGGUAGUCACUGAUCUUAGUCACCCUGGUCCCCAGAUAGACUCUCACUUUACAGGAAAUCUUCAGAUUUAUUAUCAUUUAGCUCGGAUAAUGCUCCAUCGUCCUGCGUUGGCCUUCGGAAAGACUUUCUCUUUGGGUGGAGAGUGGAAGACACACAUGAUGAUAUGUACAAACGCAGCGAAAUCUAUGCUUAGAUUGGAAGAAACAGUCUUUGAGCAGUAUGGGAUGCUGGGGUUACAAUGCAUGCUCCGGGGUGUCAAUUUCACCAUAUACGCUUUGCUCACUUGUGCUAUGAUACAUCUGAUCGCGGCCACGUGCCCGGACCCAGAAUUCAACUCAGACGCGAAAGAUUAUUUCACGAGAACAAUGAGGAUCUUAGAAAACUGCAUUGAUAGUUCGGCCUCAUCUGAGGUUAAAGGUCAAAUCGAGACUUUGCGUCAAGCUUUUUCACUCGACCUAAGUCGACCUUUUGUUUUAAAUCCAAAUUUUCCUUUUUACCCAGGCGUUUCCGCAGCCGUUGAUCCAAGUAUCACUCGAGCUUACACUCAAGGGGAAAGCCCACACUCGACCCUUACAGCUGGUGGCCCAGCGAAUUAUUCGCAUCCUUUGUCUCCACCACAUUCCACAGGCGACGGCGAGUCAAAAGGAGAAUCCCCGGCAGCUGUCCAGUCAUUAGUGAUGUUAGCGGCAGGUCAAGGAACUCAGAACCCCCCCGCGAUCGUAGACAACAUGGGGUGGAAUCCUUCUAGACUAUUUGAUAAUUGGAAUACUGCGUUUGGGAUAAAUGGUUCUGUGUCAGCUAUACCUUCUGGUAUAGCCGGACAUCAUCAUGAAAGUGGGUUGGUUGAUCCGCUUGGCGGUGGGCGUCCACCUUCAUCAAGCUCCUAUGUGCCUACAACUGUAGGGGUUUCGCACUCAUUCGUGUCCCCUGGUAUGUGGCAAGAUUCUGUAGCUGCGGCCGCCGUUUUCAGCGAUUCAAACAAACGACCGUUCCCGUUUGGCGGGGAAACUGUAUGGAACACUCCAGGACCGUCGCAAGACAGACCUGAGACUGUACCACCAUCGACAGCCCUGCGGUCAGAGGCCGGCCGAAGAAGUCGUUAA